AGUUUAUAGUGUUUUCACUAUUUCUACGCUUUUAUCGCGUUUUUAAUCGCUGUUUGAUUUGAUUUUAUACCUUUAAUACCCGAUUAUCUUCUUCUAUACCAUCACUUCUUGGGAUCAGUUGUUUGUCGUUAACCUCAUCAACAAAAAUGUCGACCGAUUGGGAAGAUGUGAAGCGAUUGGCCGCCGAUUUCCAGCGGACACAACUCAGUGAAACGCUGUUGAGACUCUCUGAACGGAAUUGCGUGGAAAUCAUGAAACGGUUGAUCGAAAUGAAGUUAUUGGACGUAAUCUUCACCAGCGAUGGCAAGGAAUACAUAACUGAAGAGCAUUUGUUGCGCGAGAUUGAGGACGAGCUGUUCAGCGCCGGCGGUCGCAUCAGUUUA